CCCUCUGCACUGCCAUCACAAUCCAUCCACAGCUGUGCUUUGCUAAGGACCCGCAGCAGCCAAUCAGCAGGCUGCUUGAGUCACAGGGCAGGGGAGGCCUUCAGCUGGGAAGAGAAAGCAAGCAAGCCAGGCCAGAGGAAAGAGGGACCACUCCAUCCAGAUGACAACGUGUGCAGAAGUCAAGUGAUACAAGAGACAAGAACAAUAACUACCUAAGGAGAUUAUCAACAAGGAGCCAUGGCUCCUAAGAAACCCGCCGCUCCACCACCUCCGCCGCCACCGGAUGAAGAGGAGAUUGACUUGUUUCAGAACCCGAUUAAAAAGGUCCCGGUCAAGUACCUGUGGAUGGGCAUCUUUCUUCUUACAGUUAUCUGCCUGAUCAUCUUAUUCCUAACAAUUAAAGCAUACAAUGCACUGCUUGCUGAAGACUGGAGUCCUUACGAUGUGCCUAUGAAAAAACUGAGGACUACUUUGUCAAUUGGACUUAGGAAUCGUAACGUCAUGUAUUACCAAAAUCCCCUAAAGGUGUCAGCCAUAGUAGAGGACAUUCCGCAACAUUUAAAAGACUCCGAAGAAGCCUAUCGAGCAGAGAAAAAGAAGUAUCAAGCUCUGUACAAAAAAGGGGUGAAGUUCGGUAACGACUGGAAGCUUUUUGGCUGGAAUUUCUAUUAUGUUUCAAAAGCAAAUGAAAGGAAAACCUGGCAUGAUGCUGAGUAUUUCUGCAAGUCCAGAGACUCCCACUUGACCUCCGUCCUGAAUGAGGAAGAACAGAAGUACCUCUCUUCCAAGCUCAACGAAUCUGCCUGGAUUGGCCUAACGGACGAAAAUGUGGAAGGCUACUGGGAGUGGUCGGAUAACUCCAGAUUAAUAGUAAAAUACUGGGCCGAGGGCAAUCCCAAUGGAUCUGUCAGAGAUGGAGAAGCAGAUGAAGACUGUGCUGCCAUAAAUCCCUCAGGAAGUGAUUUGAACUGGAUUGAUGCCAAUUGUCAAGAACUUAAAAGAUGGGUUUGUAAGGAGACUAUAGAGUUUGAAAACACAUAAAGUUCCUCAACCAUGUUAACUGGAACAGGAUUAAAUGUGGAAAAAGAUGACUUUUUAGAAUCAAACCUCAUUGGAAUUCUAUAGCAAUCACAAAAUAAA